UCCAGUCCCCAUCCAAAAGCCUCGAUGACGAUGCUGAAGAUGUACUGGAAGACAAGCAAACAGGUGAAGGUGGGAUACAUCUGAAUGUGCAGACCGAAGAGGAAAUCUUACAGCAUCCACUCAAAAGCCCGGCCGACGAACAGAACAAGAUGCUCAACGACCUAAAGAAUCUCAACCCCAACAUGAACAAGUCAGUGGAAAGUGUUGAUAACGUUCAGAAUUCAGCGGAACAAACAAACAGAUGAAAUUAAGACGAUUAUGUCUUCGGAUGAAUCUGAGAUGCGUACAGAUGUCCAGGCCGAAGAGAAAAUCCCCCAUCCCCCAUCCAAAAGCCCCGAAGAACAGAACAAGAUACUCAACGACCUAAAGAGCCGAUUCCUGCGCGAGUGCUCCAGGUUCCAGGCCGCUCUGCCAAUGUACGCCUACCGAACGAAACUACUGCAGGAGGUGGAACGCAACAGUGUCAUUGUCGUCGUCGCGGAAACAGGGUCAGGAAAGAGCACACAGAUUGUGCAGUACCUUGCCGAUAACCUCAGCGAGCCGGGGAAACUGGUCGCAUGCACACAGCCGCGCAAAAUAGCAGCGAUGACUCUUGCAGACAGGGUGGCUGCGGAGUACGGGUGCCGGGUAGGGGAGGAGAUCGGUUACGCUGUCGGUAGCAAGAGGCGAAUCGGCGGCAGGACGAAGGCUGUUUUCAUGACUGACCAGGUCCUGCUCAACUCCUGUGUGAAGGACGGCGAGCUUGAUAAAUACUCCUGUAUCAUCAUCGACGAAGCGCACGAGAGAAGCAUCCACACCGACCUGCUGCUGGGGAUACUGAAAAAGAGCCUCCAGACAAGGCCUGAUCUGAGGCUUGUCAUCGCGUCCGCGACCAUAGACCCGACGCUGUUCUCCAACUACUUCGGCGGUUGUCCAGUCAUGUCAGUCCCGGGCCGUACCUUCCCUGUGGACGUAAUCUACAAAAUUCCGCAGUUUGGAGACAACAACAACAAUGUUGACUUCGUCAGCGAGACUGUGAACAAGGUUGUGGAGAUUCACAACAACGAAGGCGAAGGUGAUAUUCUCGCGUUCCUAACAUCACCCCUGGAAAUAGAACGUGCAUGUGAAAGAACGACAAAUCUCCUCGGUUCUAGAGUAAAGUCCGCGCUUGUCCUCCCUCUGCAUGGUAAGCUACAACCCGAGGACCAGAGAAAAGUGUUUGAGCCGGCUCCUGCGGGAGCAAGGAAGGUCGUGUUCGCCACCAACAUCGCGGAAACCAGCGUCACCAUCCCAGGGAUCAUCUACGUCGUGGACUCGGGGAUGAUCAAAGAACGCUUCUUCGACGCCAAAAGGAAUCUUAGCGUUCUAGACGUGAAGAUGGUCGCGCAGAGCUCUGCCAUACAGAGAGCGGGACGCGCGGGGAGGAUCCAGCCGGGAACGUGUUACCGACUGUACACUGAGGAAGAGUUCAGGGAAAUGAGGAAGUCCACUCCGCCAGAGAUUCUCCGCAUGCAUCUAGGUAUGGCGGUGUUGAAGCUGAUGGAGUUAGGUGUCACUGACGUUACUGAUUUCGACUUCGUAGAGCGGCCCUCUGAAAACGCUCUGCAGGAUGCAAUACUCCAGUUAGAUAUCCUAGGUGCCAUUGAGAAGAUUGAAGGCGAGAUUUCUUCCACUCCAUCGGGGCCAGGACAGUCUGAGGUGGAACUCACAGACCAGUCAAAUACAGCUACGGAACCUACGGACAGCUUUAUCAAAGCAACCGCAAAGUCAGGUUUUGGGGCCCUAGUAGAAUUUUGUGUCAGCAAGAUGUUCUGGAUGAAGGGCAAACAGACAGAAGACCCAAUAGUGGAGGACAAACCACAGGAAAAGUUGGAGAGGACAAGAACGUCUGUCAGACUCACUGAUCUGGGCAAAAAGAUGUCUCAGCUACCGACAGAGCCAAGACUGUCCAAGAUGAUCCUUGAAGGAGUGAACCAAGGUUGCGGGAAGGAGGCCCUCUUGGUGGCCGCGCUGGCCUCCGCAGCCGGCAGCGUCUACUUUAGAGCGGGGACAGAGGAGGAGAAGGCAACGGCGGAUCGACAGAAGAUGAAGUUCUGUCACGAGGGAGGUGAUCUGCUCUCUAUGCUGGAUGUGUAUAGAGAUUGGGUAGCACAAACUCCGGCCCAGCGUAGCAAAUGGUGCGUCGCAAACAGCAUCAACGGAAAAACCAUGCGGCUGGCCGAGGAAUCCUUCAAAGAAAUGAAACAUCAGCUUGCUUCCAGCGGCGUCCACAUCCCCGAAGACUUCGCUCCCGUUGAGGCAGUUAACGCCCAACUUCCUCGGCUGAUCCUCGGCGCUUAUUGCAGCAAUCUCUGCGUGUUCAGUGGCCACGAGCGGGCGGGGUACAUCGUGGGACGUCUUCGGCAGUGCGUGCACAUCCACCCGUCGUCCGCGCUGAGGCACCUCGGCGCGCAGCACAAGUGGGUCGUCUUCGACGAGAUCCUGCGAACGUCGCGUGACUUCAUCAUCAACGUAACGCCUGUAGACGUUGAAUGGCUAGGAGACGUCGCCUCACGUUACGCAAGCAAAGUCGACCUGCACUCCCUCGAACGAUCCACCAUGACCUCAUGUCUAAUCAAAGGGUACGGGCCUGAGGUAGUAAGGCGACUGAUAGGCAGGCGUGCACAGACACUGAAAUCCUUGGAAGCUGUCGUGUCAGACGACGAGAAGCAUCUGUGCGUCAUCGAAAUCGACACCGACCGCUGUCAAGUGGCCGUAUUCACUACUCAGGAUCGUCUUAAAGAUGGCGAGAAGAUUGUCCGUGACGCCAUGGAUGCCAAGCACAACGACCUGAAGAACGAGAGCGACGAGAUACCCGUGGUUAAUCACAGAGGCGACGGAACCCGCAUGGUGCUCGGGAAAGGAGGAGAAGUACAAGACAUCCUCAUGUCGUCAGAGUUCCGCUGUGUUGACGUCUUCUACACGCAUACCGGCAACGGCGUUGAAGACUGUACGGGUAUCAUGAACAUGUUUACUUCCUUGGACGGUGUGCUGAUUAGAACUGCCUUUGACAGGAUUCUGACAACAGCGACUGGCCAGAGGGUCGGAGUGCUGACGUUUUCGUCUUAUAAAGUGGCACAGGAAACCGUCAAUCGCUACGAUAAACAAGCAUUUGGUGACGGGACUCUGGUACUGAAACCUGUGAACCAGACUCGUGGUCCAGGAGGUGGCGGUCCUCAGCAGGUCGUCCUGAACGUGAUGUGGUUCAGACGAGAGUCCAAAGGGUUCGGAUUCGUCGAGUGCGAUGACAUCAUGGAUCACAAUCCCGAUGGCGUAGAAGCACUCCGUUUAGUCGGUGACAUUGACGGCAGACCCAUAGAGGGCGGCAAUGGACCUAUCAGAGCAAGCAUCAACAAGAAGAAACAUUCAUCAGUGUACGUUCGAGGCCCUGCUUCUUCUCUAAACGAGCAGACAUUGGAAAGGACUGUGCGUAGACACUCAGUGGUCGUACCCCGGAGGUACUCAGUGGUCUGGAAACCACAGACUUCUCAAGUGGACACGACGCGUGACGAAGCAAGACUACAAGAAUUGUUCGAAAGCUACGUUGUGAAUGGAACCAUGCAGAUUUCAGUUAACAAACCAAAGCCCGAAAGCCAAGUGCGUGGAUACGCAGUCGUUACCAUGUCUGAUGAAAACGACGCCCAGAGCGCCGUCGCAGGUCUCCAUAACAGGCGGGACGUCAUGGGAACUCAGGCACUGUCAGUAGAGAGGAAGCUACAGUGCAGCGUUGUGUGCAGCGCAAAGAUCUAUGACGUUUUGGAAGACAGGUUUAGGGAUACUGUGGCAGACCUUACACGAGGAGGGGGCCAUUUGGUGAAAAUUGAAUGCAGGAGAGCCAAGUCUGGUAAAUCGGUCUACUUCAACCUAUCCGGAAGUGACGUCGGAGAGGUAGCUCGCGCCAAAAGCCGUCUGCAUGACGUCAUGAGACCGGAAACAGUGGCCCACGAGGAUCCCACAGUCACGUGUCGACUCUUCGACAAACUCGGACUCGCCUUCAUCCAAACGGUUCGGACCCGAGUGAGAGGUGUGCACAUCGAUGCCGACCGCAGGACGUUUACCGUCGGCCUGUACGGAAAGGAUGAACCAAGGCUGCAGGCAAAGAGGCUCAUCUCGGACUACCUGGACAGCCUGGCGGUGCACAAACCCCGAGAGAUCCCCCUGGCGGGGAGUGGCAGACCUGCAGGUGUCAUGAAGGCCCUCCUCAACAAAUACGGCCUCAACCUGGACGGUUUGAAUAACGCAACAGGCGCGAAGGAGAUCAGGCUAGACAUGCGGAAACACCUCCUCGUUGUCCAAGAGAGUGACGAGACCUUCGACAAGGUGAAAGAAGAGGUAGAAGCGAUCGCGAAAGAGAUCCUGGAGAGGAAGGGCGAAAGUUGCCAGCGGGAGACCGACGACGACUCUGAGGACUGCGGCAUCUGUUUCUGCCCCAUAGACGGCAAGGACUACCGCCUACAGUGCUGCGGCCAUAGAUACUGCCAUGAUUGUAUCAAACUUCAGCUGACUUCAGACAUCCGAAGCCAGAAAUUCCCCAUCAUAUGCGCGACUGGCGGAUGCUCGCGCGAGUUCUUCCUCAGGGACCUCCGCUUACUCCUCAACCAGGCGGACUUUCGGCAGCUCGUGACAGGUUCCCUCAACGCCUUUGUGAUCAAGAGUGGAAGCCGGUACCGUCCCUGUCCGACUCCUGACUGCCCUUCCGUGUACAGGUGUGUCACUGAAGAGGAGGGGGAAGGCCUUGUGUUUCAGUGCUGCGUGUGCGACAAGCGCCUCUGUACCCGCUGUCAUGUCGACAUGCAUGACGGGAUGUCCUGCGCCACCUGGCAGAUCUUCAAGGGCGACAAAGACGACACCUUGCGGGACUGGAUGAAAGACAAGACGGACGUCAAGCUUUGUCCCAAGUGCAACUGGGUCAUCGAAAAAAUUGCAGGGUGCCAGCACAUGACAUGUAGGUGCGGUGCACACAUCUGUUGGAUCUGUCUGGAGGCAUUCACCACUUCAGGUGAAUGCUAUGGGCAUCUGUCCAGUGCACAUGGAGGCUAUAUGUGA